AUGGCCACGCAUUUCCUGGUUUUUUCAAUGGGCUUCCUGUGUCAGGCCAUUAAAACAUUCGUCUUUGCCUACUUGGCCUCAGUGAGUUUGACUGCCUCUCAGGGCAUUUUCCCAAGGCUGGAGAAUGUGGGCGCUUUCAAGAAGGUAUCCACGGUGCCAACCCAAGCCACAUGUGGGUUCCCAAGCCCCAGCACUUUCUGUCAUCCCUCGGCCGCUGGGAGUGUGCAGUCGUGCACCGAGACGCGCUGUGUCCAGGACUGCCCCUACCGCUCUGCCUCCCCUCCCUAUACGGCCCUCCUGGAAGGCAUCCGGGGCUGCCUCCCUGCAGACUACGGAGACCUCCGCCCUCACGCCAGAAGCAACUCUCCGAGCUUUAUAUUUGGAAGUCACAAGAACUGCCCCUCUCUGCGGGCUCCGAGGCUGGCGGCAGAAUUUACCUUAGCCGUGUGGCUGAAGCCUGAGCGAGAAGGCGUGAUGUGCGUGAUAGAAAAGACAGUGGAUGGGCAGAUUGUGUUCAAAGUUACAAUAUCCGAGAAAGAGACCAUGUUUUAUUAUCGCACAGUAAAUGGUUUGCAGCCUCCGAUAAAAGUAAUGACACCAGGGAGAAUUCUUAUGAAGAAAUGGAUUCAUCUCAGUGUGCAGGUGCAUCAGACAGAAAUCAGCUUCUUUGUGGAUGGUUUGGAGAAGAACAAUACAGCAUUUGAUACAAGAACUCUACGAGAUCCAAUUUCAGACUCUGCCUUCAGCACUAUACAAAUAGGAAAGAGUUUAAAUGGUUUGGAGCAGUUUGUUGGAAGAAUGCAAGAUUUUCUAUUGUACAAUGUGUCACUUACAAACAGAGAGAUUCUGGAGCUCCUUUCUGGAGAUCUCCCCUGCUUGCACGUCCAGUCACAUUGCCGCUGCCCAGGCAGCCAUCCCCGUCUCCACCCCUCGGCUCAGCAGUACUGCAUUCCAAAUGGCGCAGAAGACCGGCCUUACCAUCAAGUGUCACGGCUGAAUCCCGAAGCCCAUCCUCUAUCCUUCAUCAACGAUGAUAACAUUGCUACUUCAUGGAUUUCCCAUGUGUUUACAAACAUUACACAGCUCAACCAAGGACUGGUUAUUUCUGUAGACUUGGAAAAUGGACAGUACCAGGUGUUUCUCAUCAUCAUCCAGUUCUCCAGCCCACGGCCUACGGCGAUAAAGAUCCAGAGGAAGAAGGAGGACAGCUCUCCCUGGGAGGACUGGCAGUAUUUUGCUAGAGAUUGCAGUGUCUGGGGAAUGAAAAACGAUGGUGACUUGGAAAACCCCGAUUCUGUCAACUGCCUUCAGUUUUCUGAUUUUACCUUGUUUUCCCAUGGUAAUGUCACAUUUGACCUCCUGACACCUGGACAGAAGCGUCGUCCUGGGUACAAUGACUCUUACAGUAGCUCAGUGCUGCAAGAAUUCAUGAAAGCCACUCAAAUCAGACUGCACUUCCACGGGCAGUACCAUCCAGCUGGGCGCACUGUUGACCCGAGACACAGAUACUAUGCAGUGGAUGAAAUCUUCAUCAGCGGGAGAUGCCAAUGCCACGGACACGCCGAGACCUGCGACGGGACCACGACACCCUAUAGAUGCCUCUGCUCUCCACACAGCUUCACGGAAGGGCAUCAGUGCGAUCGCUGCUUGCCUCUUUACAACGACAAGCCUUUCCGCAGUGGUGACCGUGUUCACGCCUUCAACUGUAAACCUUGUCAGUGCAACCGCCACGCCAGCAGCUGCCACUACGAGGCCUCUGUGGACCCGUUUCCCCUAGAGCACAGCAGAGGCAGCGGAGGGGUGUGUGACAACUGCCAGCACCACACGACAGGGAGAAACUGCGAGUCGUGCCAGGCUUACUUUUACCGACCCGUUGGCGCAGAUCCCUCUGCCCCUGAUGUCUGCAAGCCCUGUGACUGUAACCACGCUGGGACUAGAAAUGGCAGCCUCCUCUGUGACCCGAUUGGAGGCCAGUGUGAUUGUAAGAGACAUGUGUCUGGCAGGCAGUGUCUUCGUUGCCAGGAUGGAUUCUAUGACCUGCAGGCACUGGACGCUGAUGGCUGCCGCCCCUGUAACUGCAAUCCCUCUGGGACUGUGGAUGGAGACAUUACCUGUCACCAACAUUCAGGCCAGUGCCUGUGCAAAGCCAACGCUAUUGGCCGCAGAUGCACUCACUGCAACUUUGGAUUUAAAGUUCUCCAGAGUUCUGAGGCUGGUGGCUGUGAGGCCUGCCAGUGUAACCUCCACGGCUCGGUCAACCAGAGCUGCAAUCCGCUUUCGGGGCAGUGCGUGUGCAAGGAGGAAGCCAGAGGACUGAGGUGUGACACUUGCAGAGAAAACUUUUUCGGGUUGCCCUGGAGUACCUGUCGGGCCUGCAACUGCAGCGCGGCUGGCUCCCAGGCUGGGACCAUCUGUGACAGGGACACCGGGCAGUGCGUGUGCAAGCCCAACGUGGGAGGCAGACAAUGCGAUCGGUGCUUGGAGGGGUUCUUCACCCGGCGUCAGGGUGAUUCCUUGCUCUGUGCGGCCUGCAACUGCGAGAAGGCUGGGACAGUCAACGGCUCUCUCCUGUGUGACGAAUCGACUGGGCAGUGUCCUUGCAAACCAGGAGUGACAAGUUUGCGCUGCAAUCAGUGUCAGCCUCACAGGUUCAAUCUGACCAUGGGCCAGCUUCAAGGGUGCCAGGAGUGUGAGUGUGACCCCCUCGGGACAUUACCUGGAAGCGUCUGCGACCCUGUCAGCGGCCAGUGUCUGUGCCUACCUCAUCGACAAGGAAGAAGGUGUGAGCGGUGUCAGCCAGGCUUUUACGUUCCUCCUGGCCAUGCCACAGGCUGCCUGCCGUGCUUUUGCCACACAGCUGGAGCCGUGAGCCACAUCUGUAACAGCGUCACAGGGCAGUGCUCUUGCCGUGAUCCCUCCACUUCUGGACGGAGGUGUUACCAGUGUCAAGACCAGUACUUUGGAUUUGAUACUGAGACUGGAAGAUGCCAGCCUUGUCUUUGUCAUCCAGCAGGAGCCUUGAAUGGAACUUGUGAUGUGGUCACAGGCCAGUGUUUCUGUAAACAGUUUGUCACUGGCUCCAAGUGUGACACUUGUGUUCCUGGUUCAAGCCACUUGGACGUCAAUAAUCUAUUAGGCUGCAGCAAAACUCCCUCCCAGCAACCUCCACCAAGAGGACAGGUUCAAAGUUCUUCUGCCAUCAUUCUCUCCUGGAGUCCACCUGAUUUUCCCAAUGCCCACUUUCUUACUUACAGUCUGCUCAGGAAUGGUUCUGAAAUCUACACAACUGAAGAUCAACACCCAUACUAUACUCGGCACUUCUUUGACACUAGUCUGUCGCCACACACAUCGUAUUCAUAUUCUCUAGAGACCUCCAGUGUGCAUGGCUCGACACGGAGCAGGUCCGUCACGUAUAAGACGAAGCCAGAGGUCUCUGAAGGACACUUGAACUUGACUCAUGUGGUUCCUGUUGGCUCUGACUCUGUGACCCUUACCUGGACCGGACUCCCCAACAACUCUGGACCUAUAGAGGAGUAUAUUUUAUCUUGUGUACCUGUGGACAGCACCGAGCCUUGUGACUCCUAUGAAGGUCUGGAAACCUCAGCUACCAUCCGGAAUCUGGUUCCAUUCACGCAGUACCGUUUCUCUGUCCAGGGAUGUACUAGCGUGGGCUGCUCACAGAGCCUGCCUAUUGUAGUAACCACAGCCCAGGCACCCCCCCAGAGGCUGAGGCCACCCGCAGUAUGGAAAAUCAGCUCCACGGAACUCCACAUAGCAUGGUCUCCACCAGUGGAGCCAAAUGGUAUAAUUGUAAGAUAUGAAUUAUACAUGAAGAGAUGGUUGUCUACUGAAGAAAGUCUAGUGUUUGAGAGAAGUGAAUGGGUCAGUCCUCAUCCAGCUUCAAAGUCAGCCAGCAAGAGUGAGAACACACUUCCGCCUCCCCAAGUCAGCACCUCUGUUUCUGGCUUGGAGCCACACACUGAGUAUGCAUUUAGGGUCUUAGCUGUGAAUAUAGCUGGCAGCGCGUCAUCUGCCUGGGUCUCAGAAAGAACAGGAGAAUCAGCACCUGUGUUCAUGUCUCCUCCUUCAGUCACUCCACUCUCAUCGCACUCGCUCCGUGUCUCCUGGGAGAAGCCAGCAGAACACUUUUCAAGAGGAGAAAUUAUAGGGUACAACAUCAGCAUGGUUUCUGAACAUUCCCCCCAACAAGAUGUUCCAGUGAUGUGUUCAAAGCUCUUGCAUUCUGCUAAGCCCCAAGACCUGUCUUGUGUCGUGAGGGGACUCAAACCUUACAAGAUGUACACCUUCGCCGUCUCCCUCUGCAAUUCAGUGGGAUGCGUGACCAGUGCUAUGGGAGUAGGACGGACUCUCGCAGCGGCGCCUGCUCAACUACGGUCUCCCACGGUGGCAGGAGUCAACAGCACCACCGUCCGUGUCAGCUGGCUGCCCCCUGCAGAAGUCAAUGGCCCACCUCCUCUGUACUGUCUGGAGAGGAGGGUGUCCCAGCUCGCAGCUCCCAUGGCUGCCAUGACAAAGGGAACCUGCUUUGUGGGAGAUGGGUACUGCAGGUUCCCCAGAACGGCUCACCCAGAUUUUAUAGGCAUCAAGGCCAGCUUCCGGACAAAGGUUCCUGACGGGCUGAUCACCCUCGCAGUGUCCCCUGACAACCAAGAAGAGUAUUUUGCCCUUCAGUUGAAGGAUGGGCGUCCUUAUUUCCUUUAUAACCCCCAGGGGUCACUAGUGGAAGUUACCACAAGUGAUGAUCACAACAAACAGUACAGUGAUGGACAGUGGCAUGAGAUCAUUGCCAUCAGGCAUCAGGCUUUUGGCCAAAUUACUCUUGAUGGGUACUAUACAGGCUCCUCGGCCUCUCUGAAUGAGAGCACAGUGACAGGAGGCUACGCUGAACUCUUUGUGGGUGGGCUGCCACCAGGACACAGCAUCCUCCAGAGGAGGCCUGAGAUAAUCGGAAGAGGCUUUGUGGGCUGCCUCAAGGAUGUGCACGUCACGCAGCGUUCUAGCCCCUCCGUGACUUGGAGACCCGUGGACCGGCGGAGCUCCGAGGAGCAGCUCAAGGUGUAUGACAGCUGGGAGGGCUGCCCCGCUGCCCCAGGAGAAGGAGCUCGCUUUCUGGGAGCAGGAUUCCUGGAGAUUCGGUCAGAUGUGUUUCAGGCUGCAAAGGACUUUGAGAUUUCCCUGAAGUUUCAGACUGACCAACUAAAUGGAUUGCUUCUUUUCAUCCACAACAAAGAUGGACCGGAUUUUCUUGCUAUGGAGCUGAAGAGCGGGCUGCUGAGCUUCAGGUUAAACUCCAGCCUUGUCUUCACACAAGUGGAUGUCAGUCUGGGCCUGGCCUGCUGCAGUGGAACGUGGAAUUCAGUCACUAUCCAAAAGGAAGGCUCUGUGGUAUCAGUUGGUGUGGAUGAACUCGUGGAGCACACCUCACAGGCUACGGCCCACACUCCGCUGCUGAACUCACCUGUCUACCUGGGUGGGGUCCCCCAGGAGUUGCAGGACUCCUUCCGACACCUGGCUCUGGAACAAGGGUUCCGUGGCUGUGUGAAGGAAGUUGCAUUUACACGGGGUGCUGUCGUUAACUUGGCAUCUGUGUCCAGCCAUGCUGUCAGAGUCAAUCAGGACGGAUGCCUAUCAAGUGACAGCACUGUUAACUGCGGGGGAAAUGACUCCAUCCUGGUUUAUCGGGGAUGCGGGCGCAGUGUUUACGAGAGCGGUCUCCAGCCCUUUACAGAAUACCUGUAUCGGGUUACAGCCUCACAUGAAGGAGGUUCGGUAUCCAGCGAUUGGAGCCGUGGACGUACACUGGGCACAGCUCCAGAGAGUGUGCCAACUCCCUCAAGAGCCCAGAGCAUAAGUGGAUAUAGCAUUGAGGUGGCCUGGGAUGAGCCUGAUGUGGUUAAAGGCAUCCUGGAGAAGUACACCCUGAAAGCCUAUGGGGAGGGCAGUCCCCAGCCCCGCGUGCCCUCUGCCAGUGCUGAGCUUGAAGACACCAGCGUCCAAACAUACAACUCUUUGUGUCCCUCUUUUACCAUCGGCAUGUUGACAGGACUGCGUCCCUUCCACAGCUAUGCGGUAACCCUGACUGCUUGUUCUCGGGUGGGCUGCGCUGAGGGCCCGCAUGCACUGAGCAUCUCCACUCCACAAGAAGCUCUCCAAGAGGUUCCGACACCAGCUGCCUUGUCUCUUCCCAAUUCCUUGUCAUUCUCCUGGUGUCCUCCCAGACAAGCAAAGGGGAUUAUUACUCAGUACUCCUUAUAUGUGGAUGGGAGGCUGGUCUACACAGGCAAAGGACAGAACCACACAGUCACAGAUUUAAGAGUAUCCUCGGCCCACGAGGUUACGGUUGGUGUGUGCACACAGGUGGGGUGCACGAACAGCCCCCGAUUCAUCCAGCAUACAGCACAGCUGCCCCCAGAGCGAGUGGACCCCCCGAUUCCGGCUGUCCUGCUUUCUAGAACUGUGCAUGUACAGUGGAAACAACGAAGGCAACUAAGUGGAAUUCUGGAGCGCUACAUAUUAUACGCUUUGAAUCCUAAACGUAAUUCCACGGUGUGGAGUGUUGCCUCCAACAGCACGGAAGAUCUUGAGGAUGGCACACUCCAGUACCUUUCCCCUGGGUGUCUCUACCUCAUCAAGCUGGGAGUGUGCACGGGUGGUAGCUGCGCAAUGAGUGAGCCCAGCCAGACCCUAAUGGAGGAGACGGUUCCAGAAGGUGUACCAGCCCCCAGAGCCCACUCCUACUCCCCAGACUCCUUUAACAUCUCCUGGACGGAGCCCGAGUAUCCGAAUGGUGUUAUCAUAACUUACGGGUUGUAUCUAGAUGACACUCUAAUUCACAAUUCUUCAGAACUCAGCUGCCAUGCCUAUGGAUUUGAUCCUGGGAGCUUACACACCUUCAGAGUCCAAGCAUGUACGGCCAAGGGUUGUGCUCUCGGCCCACUGGUAGAAAAUCAGACUCUAGAAGUCCCUCCUGAAGGCAUGCUCAACGUGUUUGUGAAAACAGAGGGAUCCCGGGAAGCCUAUGUGAGGUGGGAAGCGCCUCCUCACCCUAACGGGCGCUUAACCUACUCAGUCCUUCUUACCGGAAGUUUUUAUGCAGAUCAAGCCGGUGACAACUACACGCUCCUCAGUGGCACAAAAGCCUUCCACAGUGGUGAAGGAAAGCAGCUCUGGGUGCUGGUGGCCGGACUGGUUCCCUGUUCACUGUACACUGUCCGAGUGAAUGCCUCUAACAGCCGAGGGAGUGUGCUCAGCGACCCUGUCUCCAUUGAGAUGCCUCCAGGGGCUCCAGAUGGCCUGCUGUCUCCCAGGCUUGCAUCUGCCACUCCAACCAGUCUUCAGGUUGUCUGGUCUACACCAGCUCGCAACAACGCUCCGGGCACUCCCAGAUACCAGCUCCAGAUGAGGCCUGGCCUCGCCACCCACGGCCUUCUAGAAUUAUUUCCUGAUCCUUCUCCAUCAUUAAGCUGUGAAGUGAGAGGCCUCCAGCCGUUCACGGUGUAUGAGUUUCGGUUGGUUGCCACCAAUGGCUUUGGCAGUGCUUCCAGCACUUGGACUCUGCUCACGACUGCAGAGGACAAGCCUGGACCGAUAGAUGCUCCAAUUCUUCUGAAUGUGCAAGCUCAAAUGAUGUCAAUUGUCUGGCAACAGCCUGCAAAGAGCAAUGGGGUUAUUACCCAUUAUAACAUUUACCAGCAUGGCCGUCUGUACUUAACAGCCUCUGGGAAUGUCACAAACUGCACUGUGGCCCAUCUACACCCUGACACGGCCUAUCAGUUCCAGGUAGAAGCCUGCACCUCCGUCGGGUGCUCCAAGUCACCAGCGUCUCAGACCGUGUGGACACUCCCAGAAACACCAGAAGGCAUCCCGAGCCCGGAGCUGUUCUCACACUCUCCCACAUCCAUCAUCGUGUCUUGGCAACCCCCCACACACCCCAGUGGCUCAGUUGAGAACUUUACCAUUGAGAGACGAGUCAAGGGGAAAGAAGAAAUUAGGAGCCUGCUGACCCUCCCAAGAAGCCAUGCCAUGAAGUUUCUUGACAAUGAUCCUGCCCUCCACCCUUGGACCCAGUAUGAAUACCGGGUUCUGGGGAGCACUCCUGACAAAGGCACCAACAGCAGCGCUUGGGUGGAAGUUACCACAAGACCCUCCCGGCCUUCAGGAGUGCAGCCUCCCACAGUACUGGUGCUGGGGCCGGAUGCAGUCAAGGUCACUUGGAAAGCCCCUCUUACCCAGAAUGGAGACAUACUGAGCUACGAGAUCCGAAUGCCAGACCCUCUCAUCAGAAUAACCAACAGGACCUCGGUUGUAUUGAGUCAUCUAAUCAAGCACCUGACUCCUUUCACUAAUUAUUCAGUCACCAUUGUCGCUUGCUCCGGAGGUAACGGAUACCUAGGAGGGUGCACUGAGAGUCUACCUACCUUUGCUGCCACCUACCCCGCCCUGCCUCAGGAACUGGCCCCAUUGUCGGUGAUUCCAAGCGAAUCUGACAUCAGGAUUUCUUGGCAGCCACCAGCCAAGCCAAAUGGACCCAAUUUGAGAUACGAGCUUCUGAGACGUAAAAUCCGGCAGCCACUCACUUCAAAUCCCCCAGAAGAUUUAAAUCUGUGGCACAAUAUUUAUUCAGGAACUCGGUGGUUUUACAAAGAUAAGGGUCUUAGCAGGUUUACAACGUACGAAUAUAAGCUCUUUGUACACAACAGCGUGGGCUUUACCCCAAGCCAAGGAGUGACAGUGACCACCUUAGCGGGGGUCCCAGAGAAAGAAGUCACUGUCACCGUGAGCGUCCUUAACCACACGGCCAUAGACGUGAGAUGGGAGAAACCAACUUUUCAAGAUCUACAAGGUGAUGUGGAUUAUUACACACUGUUUUGGAAUUCUGGGACCUCGGAAGAAUCUUUGAAAAUCUCCCCAGAUGUAGAUUCUCAUGUCAUUGGUCACUUAGCUCCAAACACUGAGUAUCAGAUUUUCCUCUCAGUUUUCAAUGGAGUCCAUGGAAUCAAUAGCACAGUGGUCCAUGCGACCACAUGUGAUGAGGAGCCUCGGGGCAUGCUUCCUCCAGAGGCUGUCAUCAUCAACAGUACAGCUGUACGUGUCAUCUGGACAUCUCCUGCACACGCAAAUGGCAUUGUCACCGAGUCUUCUGUCUAUGUAAAUGAUAAGCCCUACAAGGCUGGAACGAAUGUGCCGGGGUCGUUUAUUCUGGAAGGCCUGUCUCCCUUCACUGUCUAUGACAUUCAGGUAGAAGUCUGUACAAAAGAUGCCUGCAUAAAGAGCAACGCGACCCGAGUCAGCACUGCGGAAGAUACUCCAAGGGACAUUUCAAUGCCUCUAAUCCGUAAUAUUACUUCAAGAUCCAUUCAAAUAGAUUGGAAGACACCAGGAAAUCCAAAUGGCAUCAUUCUCGGAUAUGACCUCUUGCGGAAAACAUGGCUCCCAUGCCCUGAAACCCAAGAGUUAACAGAGAAACCCAGUGAUAAGCUCUGCAAAGCGGUCAAGUGCCAACACUCUGAAAAUGUCUGUGGGCACACUUGCUAUUCUCCAGGAACUAAGGUUUGCUGUGCCGGGCUUCUGUAUGACCCUCAGCCUGGCUACCACUGCUGUGAAGAGAAAUACAUCGCGUUCCUUCCCAAUUCCACCGGAGUUUGUUGUGGGGGCCGGAUCCACGCAGCACGGCCCGACCACCAGUGCUGCUCUGGCUACUACACCAGGAUCCUUCCAGGGGAGAUAUGCUGUCCAGAUGAGCAGCGCACCCGGGCGUCGGUCGGCUUUGGGGACGCCUGCUGCGGCGGGAUGCCUUACAGCACCUCCGGGAGCCAGCUGUGCUGUGCCGGGAAGCUCCGGGACGGCUACCGGCAGCAGUGCUGUGGCGGGGAGAUGGUGAGCCAAGGGUUCAGGUGCUGCGGUGGAGCAGAAGCAGGGCUGGUGAGCAGCGACCUCCCAGGGAUGCUGUGUUGUGGGCAGGAUUAUGUGAAUAUGUCAGAUACCAUAUGCUGCUCAGCCUCCAGUGGAGAGUCUAAGGCACACGCUAAACAGAAUGACCCGGUGCCAGUGAAAUGCUGCGGCACUGAACUUAUUCCAGACAGCCAGGAAUGCUGUAAUGGAGUUGGGUACAAUCCUUUGAAAUAUGUUUGUUCUGAUGAGAUUUCAACUGGAAUGGCGAUGAAGGAAACCAGAGCAUGCGCGACUGUUUGCCCAGCAUCCAUGGAAGCCACAGCACACUGUGGCCAGUGUGACUUCAAUGCCACCACCCAUAGGUGCAUUGUGACAAGAGGGCCUCUCAGUCCCACGGGGAAGGCAGCAGAGGAAGGAAUGUGUUCUGCAGCAGAGGAAGUAGUUCAUUCCGGAGAUGUAAGCACGCGCUCUUUCUUAGACACAGAACUUGAGGCCAGCACCACGUAUGAAUACAGGGUUUCUGCAUGGAACAGCUUCGGGCGAGGAUUCAGCCCAUCUGUUCGAGUCAGCACAGGAGAGGCUGUGCCGCAAGGAGUCUCGGCCCCCAGAUGGGCCACAGCGAGUGAUCACGAAGACGUUAUUUUCUUACACUGGAAGAAGCCCAUGCACCCGAAUGGUCGCGUUAUUCACUACAUCCUUCUUCGCGAUGGAAGGGAGCGCUUCCGGGGAACAGCGCUGAGCUUCACAGACGCUCAGGAGAUUGAGCCACUCCAGGAAUACACGUACCAGCUGAAAGCUUGCACAGCCGCCGGGUGUGCCGUCAGUGGCAAGGUAGUCGCUGCAGCCACCCCAGGCAUCCUGGAGAGGGUCUCACCACCAAACAUCACAGCCCACAGCCCAGAGUCCCUGCACCUCAGCUGGAGCAUCCCCGAGAAAACGAGAGCUGUCAUUAAAGAGUACCAGCUCUGGCUGGAUGGGAGAGGGCUCGUCUACACUGACAGGAGUGACAGGAGGCAGCAUACGGUCACAGGUCUCCAGCCAUACACAAACUACAGCUUCACACUUGCGGCCUGUACAGCUGCCGGAUGUACUUCCAGCGAGCCCUCUGUGGGUCAGACUCUGCAGACUGCCCCUCAAGGAGUUUGGGCGACACCUCGACACAUUAUCAUCAAUUCUACAACCGUGGAAUUAUAUUGGAAUCCUCCAGAAAGGCCCAACGGCCUCAUUUCUCAGUAUCAGCUGAGGCGUAAUGGAAGCUUGCUUCUCGUGGGUGGCAGUGAUGAACAGAGUUUCACUGAUAAAAACCUGGAGCCCAACAGCAGGUACAUUUACACGUUAGAAGCAAAAACCAGAGGUGGCAGCGGUAUGAGUGAGGAUUACCUUGUCCAGAUGCCUAUGUGGACCCCGGAAGCCAUCCGUCCCCCGUGUAACGUCACCGUACUGGGCUCUGAUUCCAUAUUUGUAGCAUGGCCAACACCAGGGAUUCUGCUUCCCCAAAUUCCGGUGGAGUAUAGCAUCUUACUCAGUGAUGGAAGUGUGGUGCCUUUAACCUUCUCCGUUGGACACCGGCAGUCUGCCCAUCUGAAAAACUUGGCUCCAUUCACACAGUAUGAGAUAAGGAUACAAGCCUGCCAAAAUGCAGGCUGUGGAGUUAGCAAUAGGAUAUAUGUCAGAACACACGAAGCAGCACCAGAGGGUCUAAUGUCCCCUCUUCUGAAGGCUCGGGGGUCAUCUUGCAUAGAAGUUAAGUGGAUGCCACCUAGAAGACCCAAUGGAGUCAUCUCCAGCUAUUUCAUUUACAGGCGUCCUGCUGACACCGAGGAGGAGUCUCUCCUCUUUGUCUGGUCGGAAGGAGCUCUUGAGUUCACUGAUGAUGGGGGCACUCUGCGCCCCUUUACCCUGUACGAGUACCGCGUCAGAGCCUGGAACUCCAAGGGCGGGGUGGACAGCCCGUGGGCGUCAGUACGGACCCUGGAAGCGCCGCCUCAAGGCCUCCCCGCCCCCCGGGCUCAAGCCACCGGCGCCCACUCGGUCCUGCUGAACUGGACUGAGCCCGAGGCCCCCCACGGCAUCAUCUCCCGGUACCGUGUGGUCUACCGAGAAGGACCAGAUGAGGCAGCAGCCAGCAGCUCUAUCGCGCAUGCCUUCACGCUGACGGGAACGAGCCGUCAUGCCCAUCUUUUUGGGUUAGAACCAUUCACGACAUACCAAGUUGGCGUGGUGGCUGUGAACAGGGCGGGAGAAGUGUCAAGCCCCUGGGCCCUGAUUAAAACUUUAGAAUCUUCCCCAAGUGGACUGAAGAACUUCACAGCGGAGCAGAGAGAGAACGGCCGAGCUUUGCUGCUGCAGUGGUCAGAGCCGGUGAAAACCAAUGGUGUGAUCGAGGCAUACAACAUCUUCAGCGAUGGGCUCCUGGAGUACUCCGGCCUGGGGCGACAGUUUCUCUUCAGGCGCCUGGCCCCCUUCACUCUCUACACCCUGACCCUGGAGGCCUGCACAGCAGCAGGCUGUGCUCACUCAGUGCCCCAGCCUCUCUGGACAGGGGAAGCCCCUCCAGAGUCUCAGCCAGCUCCCACCAUCCAGGCUGUGGAGCCCACCAACGCGAGGCUGCACUGGUCUCAGCCAGCUAAGCCAAAUGGGAAGAUAAUUCGAUAUGAAGUGAUUCGCAGAGACUUGGAGGGAGAGCGUUGGGGGAAUGAGACGAUGCAGGCAGGUGAGAGCACUGUUUUCACGGAGUACGACCCGGAAGGCAUGGUGUGGGUGUAUAAUGACACGGGUCUGCAGCCAUGGAGGCUGUACGCCUACAGAAUCUGCGCGUGGAACUCUGCGGGCCACACCUGUAGCUCUUGGAGUAUGGUAAAGACAUGGCAAGCACCCCCAGAAGGCCUCUCUCCGCCGGAGGUAUCCUGUGUGUCUGCGGAUCCCCCCCAAGUGCUGAUCUCCUGGUUCCCACCCCGACACCCUAAUGGCAUCAUCCAGUCCUAUAGACUUGAGAGGAAUGGAGUGCUCCCUCUUCCCAGUUUCAGUGGCAACACCCUCAGCUACACCGACAGCCAGCUGCUUCCGUUUUCCACUUAUAGCUACGCCGUCCUCGCCUGCACGAGCGGCGGCUGCUGCGCCAGCGAGCCCACCCACAUCACAACCCCAGAGGCACCUCCGUCAGGGGUCAGCCCUCCAGUUCUUCGGGCCAUCAGUGCCCACCAGAUAAACGUGUCUUGGUCUCCGCCAUCGAUCCCAAAUGGGAAGAUUGCUAACUAUUCGCUUAGAGGUGAUGAUCGGGAGUACCCGGCUGGGCAGGACCUGUCCUUGCUGGUUUCUGACCUGCAGCCUUUCACUCAGUACAACCUCUCCCUCGUGGCCUGCACGAACGGAGGGUGCACUGCAAGUGGAACCGCAUCUACCCGGACCAUGGAGGCCCCGCCAGAGAACAUGGACCCCCCAACAGUGCACGUCACAGGCUCAGAAUCAAUAGAAAUUACGUGGAAACCCCCAAGAAACCCACAUGGCCAGAUCAGAAGUUACGAGCUUCGGAGAGAUGGCGCCAUGGUGUAUACGGGGUUGGAAACGCGCUACCACGAUUUCACCCUUACUCCUGGCGUGGAAUACAGCUACUCGGUGACUGCCACUAACAGCCGGGGAAGUGUCCUGAGCCCACCUGUCAAGGAUCACACCAGCUCCUCAGCCCCCUCGGGUGUAGAGCCUCCAAAGUUGCACGCUGGGGAUGCCCCUGAGAUCUUGGUGCAUUGGGACUCUCCAGUGAGGACAAACGGCGAGAUUAUCAACUAUACCCUCUUCAUCCGCGAGCCGUUUGAAAGAGAAAUCAGAACCAUGCACCUCAAUUCAACGCAUGCUGCUUUUAGUACACGGUCACUCACAGUAAAGCACCUGAAGCCUUUUCAUAGGUAUGAAAUGCGCAUCCAAGCCUGCACUGGCCUCGGAUGUGCCUCCAGUGAGUGGGCAUCUACCCAGACUAGAGAAAUCCCACCUCUGAUGCAACCGGCCCCGCAUCUGGAGGUGCAGACGGCUGCAGGGGGAUUCCAGCCCGUGGUAGCUGUGUGGUGGGCAGGACCACUCCAGCCAAAUGGAAAAAUUAUAAGCUUUGAAUUGUACAGAAGACAAAUAACAGCUUGGCCCAGAAAGUCCAGUCCAUUGCUGACCUACAACGGAAGCUCAAGCUCGUUUGUGGAUUCAGAGUUACUGCCUUUCACUGAAUAUGAGUACCAGGUAUGGGCAGUAAAUUCCGCAGGAAAAGCUCCGAGUAACUGGACAUGGUGCAGAACUGGACCUGCGCCACCAGAAGGUCUCAGGGCACCCACAUUCCACACCGUCUCCUCCACCCAAGUGGUGGUCAACAUCAGUGCACCUGCGAGACCCAAUGGGAACAUCAGCCUCUACAGGAUCUUCUCCAGCUCCAGCGGGACGUACACCCUGCUGUCUGAAGGCACGGCCACCCAGCAGACCCUUCACGGCCUGAGACCCUUCUCCACAUACGCCAUUGGGGUUGAGGCCUGCACCUGUUUGGCCUGCUGCAGCAGAGGACCCACGGCCGAGCUGAGAACUCACCCGGCCCCACCUUCAGGGCUGUAUCCGCCCCAGGUCCAGACCCUGGGCUCACGGGUGGCCUCCUUCCAGUGGACACCCCCUCGGCUCCCUAAUGGUAUCAUUCACAGCUACGAACUGCAGCUGCAGGCCUGCCCUCCGGAUUCAGCCCCAGCCUGCCCUGCCAGCCACACGGAGACGAAGUACUGGGGCCCUGGGCACACAGCCAGCCUGGUGGGGCUGCGGCCCUAUACUGCCUACAGGGUGCAAGUGGUGGCCCACAACGAGGCGGGCAGCGUGGCUUCUGGGUGGACCCACUUCAGCACCAAAAAGGAAAUGCCUCAGUACCAAGCCCUGUUUUCAGUGGACAGCAGCGCAUCCACCGUGUGUGUCGACUGGAGCGGCUCUUUCCUCCUGAAUGGCCAGCUGAAGGAGUACGUGGUCACUGACGGAGGACAGCAGCUGUACAGUGGCCCAGACAACACCCUCUGCAUACCAAGGACGGCGGACAAGGACAAAACUUUCUUCUUCCAGGUCACCUGCACAACAGACAUUGGGAGUGUGAAGACCCCGUUGGUCCAGUAUGACGCCUCUACUGGAUUUGGCCUGGUGCUGACGACUCCUGGAGAAAAGAAGGGAGCAGGGACCAAAAGCAUCGAGUUCUACAGCGAACUGUGGUUCAUUGUGGUAAUGGCAGUGUUGGGCCUGAUCCUGCUGGCCAUCUUUCUGUCCUUGAUUCUACAAAGAAAACUCCACAGGGAGCCAUGUGUCAGAGAGAGACCACCCUUGGUACCUCUUCAGAAACGAAUGACUCCACUGAGCGUCUACCCACCAGGGGAAACCCAUGUGGGACUUGCCGAUACCAGACUCCCUCGGUCUGGGACUCCUUUGAGCAUCCGGAGCAGCCGGAGUGUGUCUGUACUGCGGAUCCCUAGUCAGAGCCAAGCCAGCCGCACCUACUCCCAGGGCUCUCUCCACCGCAGUGUCAGCCAGCUCAUGGACAUCCCAGACAAGAAGGCCGCCGACGAUUCACUGUGGGAAACUAUUAUGGGCCACAGCAGUGCACUGUAUGUGGAUGAAGAGGAACUAAUGAAUGCCAUCAAGGGUUUCAGCUCAGUGACCAAGGAACAUACCACCUUCACCGACACCCAGCUGUAAAGAAUGGAAGCUAUAACAUGGAACCCCGGGGUGCAUGUUCCGUACCCUGUUUUCCCAGUUAUCACCCAUGUCACAGUAUCUGAAGAACACUUAGAUUUUGUUUUUUAAUAGAGACCUAAAAUAAAUAGUUGAGAAAAGCAGAGAAAUGAUGAGAAAUUGUGUCCACACUUAAAGCUUGCACUGCCCUGCUGGUUUCGUGGAGAAGAAAGAAUACAGUUCGAUGGGCUCUGUCCAAGACACUGUUCGGUAGAGGGACAUUGCAGCCCUUUCCAAGAUGACACACAUUUGUUACCAGUAGUGAGGUGUUACCUGUUUAAAACCAAGUAAAUCAGUUGAGAGGCUCUUCUUGCUCUUUUUCAACCUGCUAUGUCCGGCAGAGGAUGAACUCCAAGCAAGAGCCACACCGGUGACCACACUCCACACUGAAGCUGAGAACCAGCUCUGCAUGCAUGCACAUGGCUCUGGCUCUAGAGCUGUGGCUUCCACCAAAGCAGGUGCCAUUUGGCUGUGCACAGCUCUCACAGCUGUUUCCAAGAACCGAGCAGCUCACUGAAGCUGGGUUUUCACAAAUGGAACACCUUUGCUUCAACCAAGGUCUUAUUUCCAAACUAAAAUUUGUGAAAUUGUCAAUACUUUUCAUAAACUAGGAAUCUGCUGUUCCUGGAAAGCAAUGUAAGAAAACCUCCUUCCCUUCAGUCUUAAAGCUUCUGGGAAGUUAUUCCGGGUCUAUGUGACAAUAUCUUGUGGGUCUGUGCCAAGAGGCAGGUGGCAAACACAUUAAGGGGACUAACUCAUUUUGCUGGAAAGCCACUAUUUACUCCCAUGAUCAAACAGUCUAAGACUAGACUUCAGGGGUGGACUGUCACCCAAAUCUAUGACACAGCAGCUCCUAAACACUUGCCACCUUUACGUGUCAAAGCACAGACCUGGAUUAAACACUCCCGUCACGACUGCCACAGAUACUAUCUAAAAUAGUGGGCAUCCAUAGUGCCUGUACAAAUCGUAAUGCGCAUUUUCCUGUCUUGCCAAAAGAUUUAUACCUUUAGAACUGGAAACAGAACUGGUCAGACUGUUAGGUUCUUUAUCUCACAUAAUUUCUAGAUUUUAUCAACAGUGGGCCUCUACAGUGUUGAACUGAACCAAGAUCAGGAACAAAAUCAUUAGGGAGAAAUAGUUGUUUUGACAACCUCUCUUAAAGACUUAAGCCUAAUGUCUAGGGAGUGUGAAGGAAACACUAAUCAUUUUAUUCUUUGAUGAUACUUUCCUGCUGUGUGUUUAGAACCAAAGAGGUACCCAAACUUAAUCAUUUCUUUUUCACUGUCAAGGCCAGGUGAGGCUCUGGUCCUCAGGGCUCACCAGACUUGACAGGAACCUCUGCCUCCUCUGGCCUUAUAGUUCCGUCUAUGUGAGGGUAAGACAAAACCCUUGCUUGCCCAUUGCUUCACUUGGAAGUAUGGAGGAAAUGUCGCUUAGCUGACAUUCUUCUUUGUAGACAGAACAGGAGAGCAGAUGAUUCUGGGACCCAGGAAGCCUUUAAGAGAAGAGGGGAAAUGUCUCCCUUUUAAUACCUCUGACCACAUUAAUCUCCUGAGUAUUGUGCCAGGCUGAUGUAGCUGGCCUUCUAACGACUGAGUCAUUUUCUGACAAAGCUUGGGGGCUGGGGAGUAGGGUGACAAACACUUCAACUUUGUUUAGACAUAUACUUUUGUUAUUCAAGCCAGUCCUUGUGACUGUAACAGAGUAGAUCAAUAACUGAUUUAAGCAGUAGUGUGAUAACAAUGCACUGAACUUUGAUCUUUCACAUACCUUGUACAACUUGCCCAGGCCCCUGUAACUUGCUUGUGCUUUCCAGCUUUCUUUUCUAUUUUGGAGCAACACCCAGUUUUCUUAUGAGACUUAAUAAUGCUAACAGACUGACAAUCUGAACAAACUAACCUGUGAUGAUCUGUGUAAGUCAGCUUGGCAGAUGUCAUGGCAGUUGUCUGGAUUCAAAGACAGGACUGUAUACUACCACCUAAUAAAAGAAA